GAACUGGGUGGGAAGGAUGUCACGGAAGAAUUUUAUGAGUUACAUCGACAUGAAGUCCUCACCAAGUACGAGAAGUUGAAGGUUGGCCGACUUGAAGGAAGCCAGUCAAAGGUGACUGGCAUCAAAGGCGUCCCCUUCGCGGAGAUUCCUGCCUUUCAGGGCCAGGAGUCACCUUUCUACGCAGACUCUCACAAGCGCUUCCGAGAGGGCAUGCAGUCCUUCGUGGAUGCGGAGCUUGCACCCAUUGCAGCGGCUCGAGACCUGAAAGGUGAGUAUCCGACAAGAGACUUGCAGAGGAGACUGGGCCAGAGCGGAGUCAUGGCCAGCCGCAUGGGGCCCGGGCCCUGGCUGGCCGAGCUCAGCCAGCUACAAAUCGCUCUGCCUGGGAACAUCGACCCCAAGGACGUGGACUACUUUCACGAAGCUAUCGCUCAUCAAGAGAUCGCCCGCAUCGGGCUGCCGGGCUUUGUGGACUCCUUGGGUGCUGGUUACCUGAUCUCCACACCGGCGAUCUACCACUUUGGGCCGGAGUGGAUGAAGAGAAAGCUCGGCGCGGAGCUUCUGCAAGGGCAGAAAUGGAGCGCCCUGGCCAUCAGCGAGCCCUUCGCUGGCAGUGAUGUUGCACAGAUCAAGGCGACAGCGAGGAAGACGCCGGAUGGCAAGCAGUUCGUGGUAAAUGGAGUGAAGAAGUGGAUCACCGAGGGUGCCUACGCCGAUUACUUCGUGACAGCGGUUCGAACGGGUGGCGCUGGCGCCGCAGGUAUUUCGUUGCUCAUGGUCGAGAGGGGAGAAGGAGUUUCAACGAGCCAGAUGAAGACAGCGUAUUCCGCAUGUGCUGGCACGGCUCUUGUGGUGUUGGAUGACGUUCUAGUGCCAGUGGAGAAUUUGCUGGGCAAAGAGAACGAGGGGUUCAAGCUGAUCAUGUACAAUUUCAAUCAUGAGCGGUGGUUCAUCUGCCAGAUCCUGCUUGGGCAAAUGAGAGCUGCCCUGGCAGAUGCAUUCAUGUGGGCCAGACAGAGGAAGGUCUUCGGAAAGCCUUUGAUCGAGCAGGCGGUGAUCCGAAACAAGCUUGCUUCUUCUGUGGCGGCGCUGGAGAGUGUGCAAAGCUACAACGAGGUUCUGACCUACGACAUGAGCAAGUCCAAGCAUGGUCCUGUGGGAGCCAGGCUUGCUGGGGCCAUUGCCAUGUUCAAGUACCAAUCCACCCGAACCGCUUGGAAAAUCGCAGAUGACACUGUACAGAUUCUCGGCGGACGAGGAGUGACGCAGACGGGCAUGGGAGCCAAGAUUACAGGCUUGAAGAACUUCGCCAAGUACGCAGCUGUGUACGGCGGGAGUGAAGAGAUUAUGGCAGACUUGGCAAUUAAGCAGGCUCUGCGCAUGUUUCCAUCGACUGCUCGUUUGUAG